UUGCAUCUCCCAAGUAUGAAGCAAUUCAUCUUUUUGCAAAUGUCAACUCUCUUCAAAGGUGACGAUGAUUUCGGCAACAAAGUCACCGUCCUUCUGAUCGGAGUUGGCUCAGCUGCACUCGUGGUCACAAUCUACCAUUGCAUAGCCAUGGGGUGGUGCAACCGAAACCGAGACCGAGAUCGAGCUACCUCCCAACACGGACAUAACUCGCAAGCUAGAGAGAACCCAAGCAGCAUGGAGAAUUCUACAGCCAAUCUCAUCCCAUUGUUUAAGUAUCAAAAGGGAAAGGGAUUAGUUGGGGAUGAUGAAGAGACUUGUGCAAUUUGCUUGAGUGAAUUUGAAGAAGGUGAAGAGUUACGUAGGUUGCCUGAAUGCAUGCACUCUUAUCACAUGGCUUGUAUAGAUAUGUGGCUAUACUCGCACUCCAAUUGUCCUGUGUGUCGCACUAGUGCUAUUUCUCCACAGGUUGUGUUUCGGACAAUGGAUUCUCAAAGAGCUAAUGUGCUUGAAGAUGUAAGUAUGUUGCAAAACAUUGUUGUACAAUCACGAACUAUGUGAUAAUCUAAUGUUUUAUGUUUCUCGUUUUUCGUUUACCCUUUUGGAUGAGUAUUGUAUAGGGAAAUAAGAAAAAAUUUUAAAAGG